CACCAAUCAAAAGCAAAUGAUCAGAAAAACUCUAUAAAAACGUCAAAAACAGAAACUCAAAUCACAAAACAAAAAAUGGCAAACACAAAUCUUGAAUCCACCAACAAAUCCACAACACCAUCAACGGAUAUGGAGCUAAAGAAAGUCUUCGACAAGUUCGAUGCCAACGGCGACGGGAAAAUCUCAGUUUCAGAACUCGGAAACGUUUUCAAAUCCAUGGGAACGUCGUACACUGAGGAGGAGCUAAACCGUGUAUUAGACGAAAUCGACAUCGACUGCGACGGUUUCAUCAAUCAAGAAGAGUUUGCUACCAUUUGUCGAUCAUCUUCCUCCGCUGUAGAGAUCCGUGAAGCGUUCGAUCUCUACGAUCAGAAUAAAAACGGUUUGAUUUCGUCCUCUGAGAUCCAUAAAGUUCUGAAUCGUCUUGGUAUGACUUGCUCUGUUGAAGAUUGUGUGAGAAUGAUUGGUCAUGUUGAUACUGAUGGCGAUGGAAAUGUUAAUUUCGAGGAGUUUCAGAAGAUGAUGUCGUCGCCUGAGCUCGUUAAGGGAACCGUUGCGAACUCUUAGAGUUCCGAUUUUCUUUUUAUAAAAAUUUACAUUUUAAGUUUUAAAGGUUUUUAACAACAAAUUUACUUUAUAUGUAAGUAAGCAUUCUGCUGUGCAAAUUUUAAACUUGUUUCUUUUUUUUUUCUUUUUUUUUUCCGGCAUUGCAUUUAAAUUUUAGAUCAAUUUAUUAUGAGUUGCAUAAUUUGGAUGAAAUUUUAUUGGAGAAAAGACUUUCACUAAAGAAUCGGUUAUAAUAAUUAUGAAAGACUGAAUAAUGAAAUGGUCAACAAAGACGCUAUUUGUCUGGAAUCUGAUUCUUCUUUUGUGUGGCCUGAAAAACGGGAAUCUAAUUCGGUUUAAAAUACGGGCUUUUUAAAGGCCCAGCUUUGAGUUGAG